UUCUCGCUCAUACACUAUUGGUUUUACUCUAGACAUAUUUAUGCAAAUCAGAGCCGGCGAACGUGAUUGGCUCGUGAUGACAGCAUUUACCCACAAACACAGCUGUGCUUGAGCAAAACUUUUAUUGAGAAAAUGUAGCCCUGAGAAAAUACACGAACAUACACAAGAAGACUGCAAUAGUUCAGUUCAAGAAAUGUAGACAGAUACAACAACGUACUCAACUACAACGAAGAGAUGUUGCAUACAAAUCACAAGAUGCCUUUUUUAGUAGCGAGGACGAACAGUGAAGUGCUGAAAAUCGAGUUGGAUUCCAAAUCUAUGGGAAAUGUUUUGCUUGAAAAGGUUUGUGAAAAACUGGGAAUUAUGGGUCCAGAGAGUGAAUAUUUUGGUCUGCAAUACACAGGCAGGAAGGGAGAAAGCCUGUGGCUGAAUACCCGCAACCAGAUAGACCGCUGUCUCCAGGCUCCAUGCAGGCUAAAGCUGAAAGUGAAAUUCUUCGUCCAACCUCACCUGUUGUUACAAGAAUCAACAAGACAUGAGUUUUACUUACAAAUUGUUGAGGACUUCCUCCAGGGGGCACUGACAGUGACUCAAAGACAUCAACUUAUUAAAAUGGCUUCCUUAAUCGCACAAGUUGAGACCCCUUAUCAUAACAGUCAGAACAUAAACCUUGAAUCAUACACAACAUUUAUCCCAGAGCCCAUAUUAAGGGAUCUCCACAAUAGUGAUGACACCUCUGAGCUUAGAUCUCUAGUCCAAGAUGUGUGCAGUGAACAUUCAAAACUUGGUGAUCUUACAUCAUCACUUGCGUCAUAUAAGGUGCUACAAGAAGCGACGCUUGUGCCUAAUUGGGGCGUGGAAUAUUAUGACGUGCUUAGUGAGUGUGAAAGGGUACAAUAUACAAUGGGUGUUGGUCCUGAAGGAAUAACAUUGUCAGAUAUGCAGCAUAAUAUUAUACAAAGUAUGGCUUAUUCAGCAGUUCUCAUGGCAACUUUCAACAAUCGUAACUUCUGUCUGACAAUACUUGAUGACUUUGGGGAGAAAAGGACCAUCUGCUUUAAGUUAAUCAGUGAUAAAGCAUCAGUUGGCCUGUAUAGGUGUGUGACAGAGAAGCAUUCAUUUUACAAAAGUGACACCAUUAGAAAUGAAGUGAAUGAUCAGUACUCUAGAGAUCUCAAGGGCAUAAUUGUGUCAAUGUUUGAUGAACACACAAGCUUAGGUAAAAAAUACAUCUUUGACAUCAAACGUACGUCUAGAGAGGUUUACGAUCAGACACGUCGUCAGCUUCACGCACAAGGAAUUCCUGAUCUCAGACUCACAGACAUUAAAGAUGGCGCUGAUCUUUCAUCUGAAAACUGCUGCAUUAUAUGUAUGGACUCAAAAAUCCAAAUACGAUUUUCUCCUUGUGGCCACACAAAUUGUUGUUCUUCGUGUAGUAGUAUGAUAUCACAGUGCCCUCUAUGUAGAGCCGCAAUAACUACAAUGCAACAUGUUUUAGACAUUGACAGACAUGGAAAUGGAGAUGGAAAUACUUUGAUAGAGCAACCGCAUGAUCUCAGAUUUAAGCUUACAUAG